AUGUCCCCUGCUGUUGCCGUGUCGGCUUCUUACAUCCCCAUUUGCAAGCUCCCCAUCGACGAUCACAGAGACACGAAUCCUGCCCCAAAACUCAUCAAAUUCAGCCGGCGAAAACUAAUGACCACUUCCACCGGGCUCACGCUGAUCGCAGCGCCGGGGAGAGCAGUCGCGGAGCCAGAAAGCCCGAGCGAGGCCGCAUCUAGCCGUAUGUCCUACUCUAGAUUCCUCGAAUAUUUAGACCAAGAUGUUGUCAAAAAAGUCGAUUUAUAUCAGAACGGGACAGUCGCAAUCGCCGAGAUAUUCAAUCCCGCGAUGAACAAAAUCCAGCGAGUCAAAAUCCAGCUCCCCGGAUUGCCCAAAGAGCUCCUCCGAAAGCUCAAGGAGAAGAACGUGGACUUCGCAGCCCACCCUGUUGAGACGAGCGUCGCAGACGCCAUUCUUGAUCUGUUAAGCAACUUAGCUCUUCCAUUGAUUCUGUUAGGAACUUUCCUUUUAACAAGGCCACCUUCGAACAUUCGCGGUGGUGGGCCUAACUUGCCGUUUGGGCUUGGGAGGAGCAAGGCUAAAUUUGAGAUGGAGCCGAAUACAGGAAUCACAUUCGAUGAUGUGGCGGGAGUCGAUGAAGCAAAGAUGGAAUUCGAAGAGAUUGUCGAGUUUUUAAGGACUCCUGAGAAAUUUGGUGCGGUGGGUGCGAGGAUACCGAAAGGGGUGCUGUUAACCGGCCCUCCGGGUACAGGGAAGACGCUGCUGGCGAAGGCUAUUGCAGGGGAGGCUGGGGUUCCCUUCUUCUCGCUUUCGGGGUCAGAGUUUAUUGAGAUUUUUGUUGGCGUUGGAGCUUCGAGGGUGAGGGACUUGUUCAAUAAAGCCAAGGCUAAUUCACCUUGCAUCGUGUUUAUUGAUGAGGUGGAUGCCGUUGGGAGGCAGAGAGGGACGGGGAUUGGCGGGGGCAACGAUGAGAGGGAGCAGACGCUUAACCAACUCCUCACUGAGAUGGAUGGUUUUAGUGGAAACAGUGGCGUGAUCGUCAUUGCUGCUACGAAUAGGCCUGAUGUUCUUGAUUCUGCUCUGCUUAGAGCAGGAAGGUUUGAUAGGCAGGUGAGCGUAGGGUUGCCAGAUGUUAGAGGGAGGGAGGAAAUUCUGGAGGUUCAUAGCAAGGGCAAGAGGUUGGAGAGAGAUGUUGAUUUAGGUGGUGUUGCAAUGAGAACUCCGGGUUUCAGCGGUGCGGAUCUUGCGAAUUUGAUGAACGAGGCCGCCAUUCUUGCUGGCCGGAGAGGGAAAGGAGCGAUUGGUUUGAAGGAGAUCGAUGACUCAAUAGACCGUAUAGUAGCAGGAAUGGAAGGAACCGCCAUGACCGAUGGGAAAACCAAGAUCUUGGUCGCGUAUCACGAGAUUGGCCACGCAGUCUGCGCAACCCUAACUCCGGGACAUGAUCCCAUGCAGAAGGUGACAUUGAUCCCUCGAGGGCAAGCGCGUGGCCUAACAUGGUUCAUUACCGCAGAUGAUCCCACCUUGGUAUCUAAGAAGCAAUUGUUCGCUAGAAUUGUGGGAGGCUUAGGAGGCCGAGCAGCGGAGGAGGUUAUCUUCGGGGAGCCCGAGAUCACAACUGGUGCAGCUGGAGACUUGCAGCAAGUAACACAACUAGCCAGACAGAUGGUUAUAGCAUAUGGAAUGUCUGAAAUUGGGCCAUGGACAUUGAUCGAGCCGGGCGUGCAGAGCAGUGAUGUGGUGAUGAGGAUGCUAGCGAGGAAUCAGAUGUCGGAGAAACUAGCCGAAGACAUCGACGAGUCUGUGAGGCGGAUAAUAGAGAGUGCAUAUGAGAUUGCAAAGAACCAUAUAAGGAACAACAGGGAGGCUAUUGAUAAGAUGGUAGAGGUUUUGUUGGAGAGAGAGACUCUCAGUGGAGAUGAGUUUAGAGCACUUCUAUUUGAAUUCAGUGAUAUCCCUUCAGAAAAUGUUAACAUAAAACCAAUCAGAGAGUUGAUCGAGACUUGA